GUGGACGACAGAAAACGAUCGCGAGGCGAGUGUGAUCAGUGCGGAUCAAAGCCAUUCAAUUAUUCAAAGCGAAUCCGUUGCUAGACAGCGAACCGGCUUGACGACAAGUCAUUUCAUCUUAUCGGCGAUAUUUCGCUUGAGAUAUAUUUCUCACGUCUCUUUCGAGUCUUUCCUGAGGAAAAAGAAGAAGGAGUCAGCAUGUCUCUGGUACCGUUGUUGUUCUCCGACUGGUGGGAGGACCUGGAGUACCCGCACCGGCUCUUCGACCAGAACUUCGGCCUGGGCAUUCACCCGGAUCAACUGACGCAUCCGAACAUCGUCGAGCGUUUCGCGCUGCCGCAACGCGACCGGCGUCUACGUGUGUCACCCUUGGCCUAUUACCGGCCCUGGGGCGAGCUGUUGCGCAGCAGGGAGGACGGCGGCAUGUCCACCGUCAAGGCGGACAAGGACAAGUUCCAGGUGGUCCUGGACGUGCAGCAGUUCAAGCCCGAGGAGAUCAACGUCAAGGUCGUGGACAAGUGCGUGGUGGUCGAGGCCAAGCACGAGGAGAAGCAGGACGAGCACGGCUGGAUCUCGCGGCAGUUCGUCCGCAAGUACAUGAUACCGGAACAGUGCGAUAUCGAUCAGGUGACAUCGAACCUGUCGUCCGACGGCGUGCUGAGCAUCACCGCGCCCAGGAAGGACCAGCCGAAGCUGCAGAACGAGCGGGCGAUCAAGAUCCAGCACACCGGCAAGCCGGCGAUCCAGGAGAAAGCGCAAGAAAAGGCGCAGGAGAAGGCUCAGGAGAAGAAGAAGUAAGAAGUAGAGCCGCGCGAACGUAUAAAAAAGACUUAAUCCUAUAUAACGUGUAUACAUUAUACGAUGUGUGUUUCUUGAAACGUUCUUAUAUUUUAUGUUCAUUGUAGUAUUCUUAACGUUCAAGUGUAUUGUUCCUUUCUUACGUAAGUUCAGAAACAUUCAUGUGUUUGCAUUUAUCUUUUUCUUUUUUCUUUUUGUGAGAUAAUGGAAUAAAUCGAAUAAAUUAUUCCGGUGAAACUGAAA